ACCGCAGUGCCUUGUGGGUAAUAGUAUAGUAAACAGUAGCACGUUGAAGAUGGAGCCUUCAGACUCAGAGAACCAAACUUCAGACAUAAAGGGAGAUUAUUAUCCAGAUAUUUUAAGGAACUUUCAGGUUUCUUUUUUUGCCAUGAGUCGUUUAGCUUUGUUUCCGUGGACAUCUCUGGAGAAAGAUCUUGAAAGAAACAAAUCAUCAGACUUUAUUUUAGAUAUCUUAAAACAGACGUGUCUUCACCCCUUGUGUCAGAAGUUUCCUCCUUCAGUCAGAUUCAGGAGGUUGUUCCUCUCUGAGCUCAUCAAACGGGAGGAGGCUGCAGGUGGAGAUCCUCUGGACGAGCUGUACGACGCUCUGGCUGAGGUGGUGGGAGCUGAAGAGACGACAGAGUGCUACAAGAACUACAUCCUGCCCAGCGGUGACGCCGUCAGUCUGUUGGAAAACGUGGCUCUGAUCUCAGAGGGGACGACCGGCCUGGUGACCUGGGAGGCCGCUCUCUAUCUGGCAGAGUGGGCUCUGGAUCACCAGCACACCUUCACUGGCAGGACCGUUCUGGAGCUGGGCAGCGGUGUGGGUCUGACAGGUGUCACCGUCUGUCGUUCCUGCAGCCCGGACAGAUUCGUCUUCAGCGACUGUCACCCGAGCGUGCUUCAGAAACUGCAAAACAACGUGGAGCUGAACGGUCUGACGGAGGGGGCGGCUCCUGCGGUCAGCGUGGAGGAGCUGGACUGGACAGCAGUGACGGAGGAGAGGAUAAAACAGAUCGGGGCUGACACUGUCAUCGCGGCAGAUGUGGUGUACGACCCUGACGUUGUGGAAACUCUGGUGGAGCUGCUGUCAAAGAUCCUGAGGUGUUCCUCUAAAGCAGUCCUCCCUGAAGUCCUCAUCUGCUCCACCAUCAGGAACCAGGAGACGUACAGCGGCUUCAAGCAGCAGCUCGGAUCGGCAGGAAUCAGCCAUCGUGUGAUCACAGAGCCUGUCAGCCACGUGUUCCCUUACAGCAGAGACUCUGACAUGGAGCUGAUUCAGCUGUACACAUGACGACACAGCUGUAACAAGAGGUUUUAUUUACAAAUGUACAUCGUGACACAACGUCCUUUUUUACAUUCAGAUGCAGAUUUAUAUACGAAGAGCUUCACGCCGAGAAAUUCAAACCUUCACUCUGAUCCUCCCUCCUGAAGCCUUCAUGCUGCAGGAGAUAAAUAAAGUUCUUACUUUCUGUCAGCUCA